GAAGGGGAAAGGUGCCCAGACGGACACGAGGACCCGACAGAGGCCGCAGAAGAUCCCACAGUGCCCCACUUGCGGACGACUUCAUCGCGGCGAGUGUCACAUGGGCCAGGAUAUUUGUUACUAUUGUCAUGAGCCCGAACAUUUCGCUAACCGCUGUCCGAAGAAACUCCAGCAGCAGCCACAGCAGCCCCAGCAGCCACAGCAGCAGCAGCAGCAGCAGCCCCGACAGCAGGCUCAGAGGCCACCACAGCAACAGCAGAGGGGCAGGCAGCAGGCCCGAGUUUAUGCGGUUGAUCAGGCAGAGGCAGAACAACACACAAGUACCAUGUCUGGGAUGCUUAUGCUUAAUGACAUUCCUGUCUUUGCCUUAUUUGACACGGGAGCGACUCAUACUUUUAUAUCACGAGGAUGUCUCGAUGUCAUCGGAGUUCAUGUCAGUACCGCUGUCGAUCCUCUCGAGGUAAGUUUAGCCUCGGGACGAAAGAUAGUGACUUCAGCCAAAGCCACAGACCUCAGUCUUUCUAUCGGUGGUCGUAUAUUGUCUACCGAUGCUUAUGUUCUCGAGAUGAGGGAUUUUGACCUCAUAAUCGGCAUGGAUUGGCUAACGCAUUUUCAUGCAGAUAUCCGAUGUCAUGACUGGGAGAUUACCCUUUUUCUUCCGGGAGACGAUCAAAUCACUUUCUUCAGCACUAAGACUC